CAUCAUGUCAACUAAUCCCCUCUACAUUGGCACCCACAUCUCCAUCGGCCCCCACAAGCUGUACCUGCAUCUGCACGGCCCACCCCGCACCACCCAGCCUCUCACUAUCUUCCUCGCCGGCGCCGGCGAUGUUUCUUCCAGCUACACCGCUGUAAUCCGCUUAUUGACCCCAUUCGCCCCGUGUCUGGUCUACGACCGCACCGGUCUCGGGCACAGCGAUGCCCCAGACCAAGAUACCAGCUACAAGCCCAGCGCGACUCUCGCCGCAUCAGAACUGCAUACCCUACUUACCAACGCAGAUCUCCCACCACCAUACGUCCUAGUGGGACACUCAUACGGCGCUAUAAUCGCGAGGGAGUACCUCCACCUCUACUCAGAUGAUAUCAGCGGUAUGGUCCUCGUUGAGGGAUCAACAGAACAUCAGUAUAAGCUAUUCGAAGAUAACCCCAACCUGGAUAGUGAUAUCGCUGCCAUACAGGGAGAGAUGAAUUUCGCUACGGUGACGGGGUUACGCGAGAAUGCGAAGUUGUCUCGUGAGGAGUGGAGAGAACGAGCGAGGGAUAUUGCGCGGGGAAUGGGGAUUUGGGAGGCUGAGAGGGGGAAUCUGGUGGGGGUUUGUAGGGAGUUGGAGGGGAAGAGGCAGUUACAGGUGCAGGGAGGAGGGUUAGGGGAGAGGCCAUUGUCUGUGGUGGUGGGACGGGGAUGGGAGGAUUAUCAGAGGGUUUAUGAGAGGGGAGUGGAGAUGGGGAAUGGGAGUGAUGAGCAAAGAGAGGCGGUUAGAAGGUUCCUGGGGAGGUGUGAGGAGGUGGUGGGGGAGUGGCAGAGGGAGCAGUUGAGGUUGUCGAGGAGAGCGAGGUUGGUCGAGGUGGAUUGUGGACAUCAGGUGCAUUUGGUGAGGCCGGAUGUAGUGGUGGAGGAGGUGAGAUGGGUGUUGGAGAUGAUUGAGAGAAGUAGUAAGGCCACCGAGAAAUUCUCAGCAGAGUAUAACUGCGAGACACAGAAGUGA